AUGACGGCUGUUACUUCCAAUAACAACCACCACAAGAGAGACAACCAUGAUACUACGUGUUCGGUGACACUCAUGAAGGCCGCGGGUCGAUGGGGGCAUGCUAGAUCACCGGUUCCCAAGCUAUUGGCCAACGUGGGAGUCCCCGAUCGACUGUGGACGGAUACGUUUGAUCAAGUGGCGCGGAUUCAGGAAUUGGCUGGUCGUUUGGAUAAAUCGAGCAGCGGUUGGGAAACGGCACGAUUGGCUGUGAACGUCUUGCAAGUGGCCUUUCCCAUUGUCUUGUUGGUGCUGGUCUUUGCUUCUGCUACCACCACACACCAGAUGCUGUUGCUCAAAUGGGCCGCCGUGGGAGCUCUGGUCCUUUACUGUGUGUUUCCCAUUUACUCGCACAACAAGAUGCUCGAAAAUGACGACAUGAUGGAAGAACUACCUCUGGCAUGGCAGUCCUUGGCAGAAGAACGAAAGCCGUACUUUGAGGAGUUUGGGAUUCACGUCGCUGCCUAUCAGUGGCAGCCAGAAGGGGCGGAAAAACCAAGUGUUGGCGGACUCCAAUUUAUCAUCACAACUCCGUCAUCGUCCUACGAACAUCCUGCUGUGUAUUAUGACAAUCAACAGAAUGGAACGUUGCAAAUAGCUCCACUGGCUACUGCUUAUUCCAUACCGGAAACAGACCAAGUAGCCAUUGAUAUCAGCAGGAAGGAGAGUGACGAAGAUGACGAAGAAGGUAAUGAAAUGGCGCCGUUAGUGGAGCUCAUUGGCUUUCAGUAG